AUGGGCUUCAAGAAGUUCAUCAAGGACCGCUCACUCAAGGUCUCUGACGAUCGAGUGACCAAGGCCGCCGAGCUCUCCCUACGAGAAUCCAUCUGGCCCAUCUCACUCGUAACUAUCCUCUUCUUCCUGUGGGGUUUCAGUUAUGGUCUCCUCGACACUCUCAACAAGCAUUUCCAGGUGACUCUGGAUAUCAACCGUGCUCGUUCGGCUGGACUGCAAGCGGCAUACUUUGGGGCUUACCCGCUGGCAUCGCUGGGCCAUGCGGCGUGGAUUCUCCGACACUACUCGUACAAGGCUGUCUUCAUCUGGGGACUGUGCUUGUAUGCUGUUGGUGCCUUGAUUGCUAUUCCUUGUAUCAAGGCAAAGUCAUUUGGCGGCUUUUGCGCAUCAAUCUUCAUUAUUGGAAACGGCCUUGGCUCCCUAGAGACGGCUGCCAAUCCUUUCAUCACGGUCUGCGGCCCACCUCGAUACUCCGAAAUCCGCAUCAACAUCUCCCAGGCCUUCAAUGGAAUCGGUACCGUCAUCGCCCCUGUGCUUGGAUCAUAUGUCUUCUUCAACAAUCUGGACGAUGAGAAGGCGUUGGCCAAUGUACAAUGGGUCUACAUAUCCAUCGCCGCAUUCGUGCUCAUCCUAGCUGUCUGCUUCCUUCUGUCCAAGAUUCCUGAGAUUACUGAUGCGGACAUGGCGUUCCAGGCUCAGGAGACAAACUCGGAGGCAGACUCGAAGCCCUUCAUCAAACAGUACAAGCUAUUUCACGCGUCGUUUGCCCAGUUCUGCUAUACUGGCGCUCAAGUCGCCAUCGCCAGCUUCUUCAUCAACUACGCCGUCGAAACCCGUCCCGGCACGACAGAUUCAGAUGGUGCCAAGUUCUUUGCUGGUGCCCAGGCAGGCUUCGCAGUUGGUCGAUUCUUUGGCAGCUUCCUCAUGAAGUACUACAAACCAAGGAUGAUCUUCUUUGUGUUUCUGACCAUGUGUAUCGUCUUCAUUGGUCCUCCCAUCGUUCAUCACCAGGACGCAGGUGUCGCCUUCUUAUAUGUCGUCCUAUUUUUCGAGUCCAUCUGCUUCCCCACCAUCGUUGCUCUUGGCAUGAGGGGUCUUGGACGACAUACCAAACGAGGAAGUGGCUUCAUCGUUGCUGGUGUUGUCGGCGGUGCCUGUGUUCCCCCAUUGACGGGAGCAGUUGCAGAUAAGCAUGGAAUUGGCAUCUGCUUGGUUGUCCCCAUGAUGUUCUUCGUGGCUGCUUGGUCCUAUCCCAUCUGCGUCAACUUUGUCCCCAAUUACAAGAAGGUUGUCGACUCAUUUUACGAAGCUGACAUCGGUCUUAACGGUCGAACACUGGAUGAGGAGAAGAUUCAGGGUGGUGUGGAGGAGAAGGAGACUGCCACAACCAUUGCCUGA